AUGUCGAAAAAGAAGGUCGAGCUUGAAGAUGUCUACGUGAAACUGUCACACAAAGAGCAAAUCCUAACACGUCCGGACACGUACAUUGGCUCUGUUGAGAAGAACGACGAAAGCGUCUGGGUUUUCUCUGACGGGGAAGACGGCGGUGAAAUGGUCAAGAAGCCGAUCUCAUAUACCCCAGGUCUUUUCAAGAUCUUCGACGAGAUUUUAGUCAACGCGUCUGACAACUUUCAAAGGGACACAAAUAUGGACACGAUAAAAGUCAAUAUCGUUGGUGACGUCAUCAGUGUCUACAACAAUGGGAAAGGGAUUCCGAUUGAGAUUCACAAAAAAGAGAAAAUGUAUAUCCCCGAAUUGAUUUUUGGUCAUUUGCUGACGUCAUCGAAUUAUCGAGAUGAUGACAAGAAAGUGACAGGUGGGCGGAACGGGUAUGGAGCUAAGUUAGCGAACAUCUUCUCCAAUUCGUUUGAGAUUGAGACGUCUGACGGAACGAAAGUAUAUAAACAGAGGUGGACCAAGAACAUGGACAACAAAGAGGAGGCGAUCAUCACUGAAAAGCAUUGCGAGGAGUACACCAAAGUCACGUUUACUCCCGACUACGCACGGUUCCAGAUGAAAGGAAUGGAAGAGGACACAAAAGCACUUCUCAUCCGUCGUGCGUAUGAUAUAGCGGGGUGUAAUCCUGGGAAGAAGGUGUAUAUUAAUAAGGUCAAAGUGUGCUUCAAGAGGUUUGAAGACUACGCAAAGAUGUAUGUUGGAAAGGAGUCGAUAGUGUCUGAACAAGCGGGUGACAGAUGGGAAGUCUGUGUGUGCGCGUCACAAGGGGAAGCUCAACAAGUGUCGUUUGUCAACUCGAUCUUCACGUCGAAGGGUGGAACGCACGUCGAUAUUGUGUUGAACCAAAUCUGCAAGAACUUGAUGGACAAAUUGGCGAAGAAGAACAAGAAAGGAGCGGAGAUUAAGCCGUUCCAAGUCAAGAACCAUUUGUUUGUCUUUGUGAGGUGUCUUAUUGAAAACCCGGCAUUCGACUCACAAACAAAAGAGACGCUGAAGACACAAUCGAGCAAAUUUGGAUCAAAACCAGUGCUGUCCGAUAAGUUCUUCACAAAGCUGUCGAAAUUGAGUGUUAUGGACGAUAUUCUAAAUUGGGCGAUUAAGAAAGGCGAACAAGAUCUGUCAAAAAGCGGCGGGAGGAAGACGGCGAGAAUCACGGGAAUACCAAAAUUGGACGACGCAAAUAAGGCGGGGACGAAGGACGGGAAACUGUGCACGUUGAUAUUGACGGAAGGAGAUUCUGCGAAGACGUUGGCGGUUUCCGGGUUGUCUGUAGUUGGGAGAGAUUAUUAUGGUGUCUUCCCGUUGAGAGGAAAACCUCUGAAUGCGAGAGAAAUCAGUAGUGCUAAAGUGAAGAACAAUCAGGAGUUUGAGAACAUUGCCAAAAUCAUGGGAUUGCGAUAUGGAAAGAAAUACACUGAUUUGAACGAGUUGAGAUAUGGGUGUGUCAUGAUUAUGGCAGAUCAGGAUUAUGAUGGGUCGCAUAUCAAAGGACUUUUGAUCAACUAUUUUAACGUGUUUUGGCCAUCACUGUUGAAGAUCAAAAAUUUCUUGGUUGAAUUCAUCACUCCCAUUGUCAAAGUGAAGAAAGGGAAGGAGGAAAUCUCGUUCUUUACAGUGCCACAGUUCAACGAGUGGAAAGAAGAAAAGAUCCACGAAGGAGAACUGAAGAAGUGGGAAAUUAAGUACUACAAGGGACUUGGAACAUCAAAAGACUCGGACGCCAAAGUGUACUUUGGGGAUUUGGACACGCACAAAAUCCGUUUCGACUAUAACGGAGAACCAAGUGACCAAGUUAUCGACUUGGCGUUCAGCAAGAAGAGAGCGGACGACAGAAAGGAGUGGUUGAAGGGGUAUGACCCCAAUACAUAUUUGGACCAAGACGUUGAGUCCGUCUCAUAUCAGGACUUUGUGCACAAGGAACUCAUUCUGUUUUCAUACGACGAUUGUGAGAGAUCAAUUCCAUGUGUGGUCGAUGGAUUGAAGCCAUCGCAACGGAAGGUGUUGUGGACUUGUUUGAUCAAAAACGUCAUCAGAGAGCUCAAGGUGUCACAACUCAGUGGUUUGGUGUCGGAGAAGUCGUCGUACCACCACGGAGAAGUAUCGUUGCAAUCGACCAUUGUCAAUAUGGCCCAAAACUUCUGUGGGGCAAAUAACAUUAAUUUGCUCCUUCCAUCUGGACAGUUUGGAUCAAGGCUUCAAGGAGGAAAGGAUCAGGCUGCGGCAAGAUAUAUCUACACGCGGUUGUCGACUAUUACAAGGUCGCUGUGCAUUAAGGAGGAUGACCAGGUGCUCGACUUCUUGAUUGAUGAAGACAGGAAGAUUGAACCCAAGUAUUACGUCCCAAUCAUACCAAUGGUUCUUGUGAAUGGAGCUGAAGGUAUUGGAACGGGAUGGUCUACCGAUAUUCCCAAUUUCAAUCCACUUGACUUGGUGGAUAACUGUAAAAGGUAUCUGAAUGGCGAAGAGCUUCAACCAAUGAAGCCGUGGUACAGAGGGUGGACUGGUGAGUUGAAGGAGAACAAAGAAGGAACUGGCUUCAUGUGUUACGGACGGUGGAGAAGAGUUGGGAACAACCGAAUUGAAAUUCGAGAGUUGCCCAUGCACAUCUGGACGGAGAAUUACAAAGUCCACCUUGAGAAGAUGAUUGAGGCGAAGACUGUGAAAGGAUUCCAGGAACACCAUUUGAUCAACACUGUACAUUUUGUCAUUGAUUUGGCUGUUGAGAUGACCGACGAGCAGGUGUGGAACAACUUCAAAUUGGCGUCGUCUAUCAAAGACGCGAACAUGCACUUGUUCAAUUCGGAAAUGAAGAUCCAGAAGUACCACACGCCUUUGGACAUCAUGAGAGAGUUUUGCGAGGUCCGAUUAAAGACUUACGAAGCGAGGAAAAAGGCAAUCAUUGACUCGAUGGAACAUCAGAUGCUUAUUUUGUCGAACAAAGUGCGAUUUAUCAAAAUGGUGAUAGAAGGCAAGCUCAUUGUGAACAACAGGAAGAAGAACGAUUUGUACAAAGAGUUGAUCUCACUUGGAUUUGACCAGAUCAAAGACCCAAAGAAGCUCGAGAAGUCGAAGCCAAUUGGAGGAGUUGAAGAAGAAAGUGUCAUCAAGGUGAAGGAAGAGGAAGAAGAAGAGGCUGGUGGAUACGACUACUUACUUUCGAUGAAAAUCUGGACAUUGACAUAUGAAAGAGCCAAGAAGUUGAUGGAAGACUGCGACGAUUUGAAGACGCAAAUAGACGAAGUGAAGACAACGACCGUUAAGGACAUGUGGUUGAAAGAGUUGGCAUCGUUUGAGAAGAAGUACCCGGAGUGGCUGAAAGAGGAAGAAAUCCUUUUGAAAGUUGGAGACGAAGGGACCAAAAGAACUAUUGCUGGCAAGAAAGGAAAAAGUACAAAGAAAACGAGGAAGACUAAAAAUGAGGCGAGAAAUGAGUUACUCAGUAUGAGUGCCGAAGAACUUGCGAGGAAGUUUGGAGAGAAUGCGCAGUUCUAUGAGUGGAAAACUGUUCCAUCCGAUGACAUGGUGAUUAAACGAACUGCAAUCACAAAGAAGACGGCUACAAAGAAAAAGAAAGACGACGACACAAGCGCAAGCACAAGCCAGACCACUGAAGAGAAAAAGCCAAGAGUUAAAAAGGAAAAGUCUGAGUCGAAAGAUACGAGUGAGACGAAGGAGAAGACCAAAAGGUCAAGAGUGAAAAAAGAAGUGAAAGAAGAGAGUGGCACUGAGGACGUUGCUCCAAAGAAAACAAGAAAGCGAGCAACAAAAGCGAAGAAAAUUGAUUUAGAAGACGAAGAUGAUGGAUUUGUCGUUGAUGAUGAUGAAAUAGAAUACAUGAGUAAUUCGGAUGAAGACGAAGAAUAA